UUAGAUUUCGUCAAGCGACAACUAUCGUACUGUGUACGGAAUCUUGAACUGCCUCUCACAGCCGGCCAUCAUUCAAAAACACCACCAAAGCACCAAGACUACCUGCUGAGCUACCGGCCUCCCCUUUCCUUCCAUCAGCUUCUACCUCGAUUGGGCUGUGCUCUUCUCUGAUCCCCGAAGCGCCGCCUCCUCGGCGCAUCACCGCCACAAGCCCGAAUCUCUCCUCUCCUCCUCAGCCGUUGUUCUAGCAUAGUUUAUCGAAACAAAUUCACAAUGGAUCGGUUCAAUCGGAUGCUUGCUGCCGCUCAGGGUAUGGGCAUGGGCACCGGAGCAGCGCCGGGCCAAGAUACGAACCUAGUCGACAACUCCGAAACCGUCUACAUUUCCUCCCUCGCGUUAUUGAAGAUGCUUCGUCAUGGCCGCGCAGGCGUACCAAUGGAAGUGAUGGGCUUGAUGCUGGGCGAGUUUGUGGACGACUUCACAGUCCGAGUGGUGGAUGUAUUUGCCAUGCCUCAGUCAGGAACUUCCGUCAGUGUCGAAUCCGUCGACCCUGUAUUCCAAACCAAGAUGAUGGACAUGCUUCGCCAGACUGGAAGACCAGAGACCGUCGUGGGAUGGUACCAUUCUCACCCGGGAUUCGGCUGUUGGUUAUCAAGCGUCGAUAUCAACACACAGCAAUCGUUCGAACAACUCACCCCUCGAGCUGUCGCCGUGGUUGUCGACCCUAUUCAGUCGGUCAAAGGCAAAGUCGUGAUCGACGCUUUUCGUUUGAUCAAUCCGCAGACGAUGAUGAUGGGCCAAGAACCCCGUCAAACCACGUCGAACCUCGGUCAUCUCAACAAACCGUCCAUACAAGCGCUCAUUCAUGGCCUGAAUAGACACUACUACAGCAUCGGCAUCCAGUACCGCAAGACCGGCCUGGAAGAAAACAUGUUGAUGAAUCUCCACAAAAAGGUCUGGACAGAGGGCCUUGAACUUCCCCACAGUUUCGUCGAUGAGCGGAGACGCAAUGAAGAGGGUUUGCAGCAGCUUGUGCACCUUGCAGAGGGUUACGAACGUCGAGUCCGGGAAGAGAAUGAAUUGACGCCCGAACAACUCAAGACGCGAUACGUGGGCAAGGUCGAUCCGAAGAAACAUAUUGAAGACGUUGGGCAACGGUUGAUUGAAGACAAUAUCGUGGCAGUCUCCAGGCAAAUGAUUGACAAAGAGGCCAGUGUGGCCAAGGAGGCGACGCAGACGAAUGGUCACGACCAUCGAAACGGGGACAGCGGGCUGAUGGACGUGGAUGAGGAGCUUUGAAAAGCAAUGGAUUCAUCAGGGCCUUGGGGCUUGAUCUGAGGUUGUACUUGUAUCUACGGAUAUUACGGCAUGCACGGCGUUAGGCUGCGUAGAGACAGAUGGUUACGAUCCAGCAUCCAGGGCAUGCAAUGGGCAAAAUGCAGGAUUCAAGUCAUAUUCCUCGUCAAUCAUUGUAUUCAUAAUCCAUUAAACCCUGAAUCAUUGCCAGAAAACGGGCUUCAGUCCCGCUGGCGUUGCAAUUGUCUUCGUAGCUCCUAAUGUACAAAUUUUCCCUUUGCUCUCCGCCUCGGCCAGGAGGCGAGAGACGAGAGGCCCCGUCGAAUCAAUACCGGGAUUUCCAUC